CCAAAAUCAUAUUUACUAUUAUGUAGAAAACAAUGUGAAUGCAAAACUCAAUUUCAAAUUGUGCACCUAACCCGAAUUUAACCCGAUCCAAAAUCAACCCGAUAACUCAAAUCAAAAGUUAACCGAUACAAGGAGUAGCUUAAUAUACUCCGCUUCUUCCCUGUAUAUCUCUUUCUUUUCUUUCCUCUCUCUCCUUUCACCUCUUCGUGAUCGUGGACGCUUCAGCUCUCUGAGAUCUUUGUCCUUCCCUUCCUCCUUUCUCUCUCAUCAUCGUGAAAAAUGGGGCUGUCAUUUACCAAAUUGUUCAGUCGGUUGUUUGCGAAGAAGGAAAUGCGUAUUCUUAUGGUAGGUCUCGAUGCCGCUGGUAAAACUACAAUUCUCUAUAAACUCAAGCUCGGAGAGAUUGUCACCACUAUUCCUACCAUUGGAUUUAAUGUCGAGACUGUGGAAUACAAAAACAUCAGCUUCACUGUGUGGGAUGUUGGAGGUCAGGACAAGAUUCGUCCAUUGUGGAGACAUUACUUCCAAAACACCCAAGGACUUAUCUUUGUGGUUGACAGUAAUGAUCGUGACCGUGUUGUUGAGGCCAGGGACGAGCUGCAUAGGAUGUUAAAUGAGGAUGAAUUAAGGGAUGCAGUGCUGUUAGUGUUUGCUAACAAGCAAGAUCUUCCAAAUGCAAUGAAUGCUGCUGAGAUCACCGACAAGCUUGGCCUCCAUUCUUUACGUCAACGUCACUGGUACAUACAGAGUACAUGUGCCACCUCCGGAGAAGGGCUUUACGAGGGCCUGGACUGGCUCUCGAACAAUAUUGCUAGCAAGGCUUAAAUGUAACAAUUCACAAAUCGAGUUACGCUAGCUGUUCUCAGGAUGAGAAGCUGGAGUUAGGCUGAGGACUAUCUUUACUGCUAGUGUUGCCUUUUUUUUAAAAAAAAAUUUCAUCUUGUGUUCUCAUUUUUGGCUUGUAAUUCUACUGAGACAGUCGUAUUUUGUGUUUAUGUUGCUUGUUAAUUUGAUAUAAUGCCAUACUAUUUAGUUAAUGUAAUAUUCUGAUUAGUGUUUCAGUCUUUUUUGGGUGCUUCAGUUGAAAACUGAAAUCGCUGACUGUAUUUUGGAAACUGGAUUUCUUAACAUAGUAUGGUCAUUUCUUUAAGUCUUGAAA